CAGUGUUCAGUCGGCCACAGUCUCUUGCAUCCGUCCACAUCUGUAUGACAUAAAAAAGCUACUACAACUUAUUUCAGUUGCGGCGCCCAUACACAAUUUUGUUCUGAAUUUCAGGGGGUUGAGAUCGGAUUGAUCUUACAAACACACGAAGCUAGACCUACAUAUAAUGGAAGGAAGCAUUGUUCAGGCCACAAGCACAAAUGGUGGCCGCCUACCUCGUCAUCUACCUCGGCGUAGCUUUCACGUCGCUGCUCAUCGUGCUUUCGGGCCGCAGGCGCUGGGCGGCGCGGGGUGAUGGUUGCCACGACCUGCGCCUCCCGCCUGGGCCGUGGCAGCUGCCGGUGAUCGGCAGCCUGCACCACCUCGUCCUGGCCGGGCAGCUCCCUCACCGCGCGAUGCGCGACCUGGCGCGGCGCCACGGGCCGGCCGUGCUGCUCAGGCUCGGCGAGGUUCCCACGGUGGUGGUGUCCUCCCGGGAGGGGGCGCGCGAGGUGCUGAAGACCCACGACAAGGCGUUCGCGACGCGGCCCGUGAGCGCCACCAUGCGCGUGCUCACCAGCGGCGGCCGGGACAUCGUCUUCGCGCCCUACGGGGACUACUGGCGCCAGCUCCGGAAGAUCGCCGUCGUGGAGCUCUUCACCGCGCGCCGCGUCCGCUCCUUCCGCGCCAUCCGCGAGGAGGAGGUCGCCGCAGCGCUCCGCGGCGUCGCCGAGGCCGCGCGCCCCGUGGAGAUGCGCGCGCUGCUGGCCGCGCGCGUGGCGGACAGCACGGUGCGCGCCGUGAUUGGCGACCGGUGCAGGGAGCGCGACGCACUCCUCCGGGAGCUCGACCGCUCCAUGCAGCUCGCGGCGGGGUUCAACCCGGCCGACCUGUGGCCUUCGUGGCGGCUCGCGGCGCGGCUCAGUGGCGCCAAGGAGUGCCACGACACCGUGCACGGCAUCCUGGACGGCAUCAUCAAGGAGCACCUGGAGAGGAUGGAUGGCGGCGAGGACCUGCUUGACGUGCUGCUGAGAAUCCAGAAGGAGGGUGCGCUCCAGUUUCCGCUCGACAUGGACGCCAUCAAAUCCGUCAUCAUGGACAUAUUAGGCGCAGGGAGUGAAACAGCAGCUACGACGCUCGAAUGGGCCAUCGCAGAGCUGGUCAACAACCCGAGGGCCAUGCACAAGGCGACGGCCGAGGUGCGGCGAGCCUUUCAUGCCCGCGGUACCGUGGCCGAGCAAGACCUAAGAGAGCUCACAUACCUACGCCUGGUCAUUUGGGAGACGUUGCGGCUGCACCCGCCCCUACCGUUGUUGUUUCGCGAGUGCCAGAAACCGUGCCAGGUGCUGGGGUACGACGUGCCGCGGGGCACCCAGGUGUUGGUCAAUGCCUGGGCGCUGGGCCGAGACGAGCACUCCUGGCCCGACGCGCCCGAGGAGUUUUGGCCUGAGCGCUUCGAGGGAGAAGCAGCGUUGGACUUUGGGGGCGUCGACUUCGCGUUCCUACCUUUUGGCGCCGGUCGCAGGAUGUGCCCUGGGAUGGCAUUCGGCCUCGCCAACGUAGAGCUCCCGCUCGCGAGCUUGCUCUUUCACUUCGAUUGGCAGCGGCCAGGACUACGCUCGACGAAGCUCGACAUGACCGAGGCAUUUGGCCUCACCGCGAGGCGGAAGGACCAACUCUUGUUGCAGCCUGUCCUUCGGGUACCUCUUCUCGUAGUCUAGUCGAUAUAAAUUGUAAGAAUUGGAUGUAUAUGUUGUAUUCCCACGCUAGAAAUAAACUGCAAAAUUUCACAACAUUAGAUUUCAUGGACAGAGAGCCAGUUUCAAUAGACUUAUGGAAUGUCCC